UGUCACCCAAAAUGUCAGCACCCUUAAGAACUCAUGCACCGGGGAGAUUACAGCACUAUACUUACUACUACAUUUAAAGAUUAAAGCAUUUCUGUCGUCGUGGUAGUUAAUUAACGGUCCGCUACUAUGGCAACAGCCUACAUUGUAGUCAUGACAAUGCAGACGUAUUCCACAGCUAGUUAGCUGACGUUUGUUUAUCCUUCACGCUACGUGUUCAGUGACUUUGUAGCUUAACCAGAAACAUGUCGUUUUCUCUCGUGAAACGUUGGUGCGAAACACCUUUAUUAAGACGUGUUUUACAGUUCAAAACCUACAGGAGGAAAAUACUGAACUACAACAUGACCUACACACUGCUGAGACAUCGCUGGAUGAAGAGGCUGCCCGUCCUCUCCAGCAGCUUCAAGAUGAUCAGCACACAGACAGACAAGGAUGCUGUUGACCUGUCUAAGUUCCCUGCUGACAGAAUCAGGAAUUUUUGCAUCAUCGCUCACAUUGACCACGGGAAGAGCACUCUGGCUGACAGGCUGUUGGAGAUGACAGGGGCCAUAGCAAAGACUGAGAAGAAUAAACAGGUGUUGGACAAGCUUCAGGUGGAGCGAGAGAGAGGGAUAACGGUGAAGGCCCAGACAGCCUCGUUGUUUUACAACCACGAGGGACAGCAGUAUCUCCUGAACCUCAUCGACACACCGGGUCACGUUGACUUCAGUUACGAGGUGUCUCGAUCGAUUUCUGCAUGCCAAGGUGUCCUGUUGAUUGUCGAUGCCAAUCAGGGGAUUCAAGCGCAGACGGUGGCCAACUUCUACCUGGCAUUUGAAGCUCAGCUGGCAAUCAUCCCUGUCAUCAACAAGAUUGAUUUGAAAAAUGCUGAUCCGGAGAGAGUGGAGUCACAGAUUGAAAAGGUGUUUGAUAUUCCGAGAGAAGAAUGCAUCAGGAUUUCAGCUAAACUUGGAACAAAUGUUGAAAACGUUCUCCAAGCGGUUGUAGACAGAAUUCCACCACCUGAAGCUAGUAUUGAUGACCCCUUUAAAGCCCUAGUGUUUGACUCCAAUUUCGACCACUAUAGAGGAGUGGUGGCCAACAUCGCUGUGUUUGGAGGUCGGGUCAAAAAAGGGGACAGGAUUGUGUCAGCAUAUCUCGGCAAAACCUACGAGGUCAACGAGCUGGGGCUCCUCCGGCCAGAUGAGCACUCAACUGGCAAGCUGUUUGCAGGCCAAGUUGGCUACAUCGUAGCAGGGAUGAAGGACGUGAAGGAGGCCCAGAUUGGUGACACACUCUAUCUCCAGGAGCAGCCGGUGGAAGCUCUUCCAGGGUUUAAACCCGCCAAAGCCAUGGUCUUUGCUGGCAUGUAUCCGAUGGACCAGUCGGAGUACCAAGGCCUUCGCAGCGCCAUUGAGAAACUGACCCUGAAUGACUCGAGUGUCACAGUGCAGAGAGACAGCAGUCUGGCCCUCGGAGCAGGCUGGAGACUUGGCUUCCUGGGUCUUCUCCAUAUGGAGGUGUUCAAUCAGAGGCUGGAGCAGGAGUACAAUGCCUCUGUUAUAGUAACGGCGCCCACCGUGCCCUACAAGGCUGUCCUCUCUUCAGCCAAACUCAUCAAGGAACACGGCAGUAAGGAGAUCACCAUCGUGAAUCCUGCUCAGUUCCCAGACAGAACAGUUGUGUCAGAGUAUUUGGAGCCGAUGGUACUGGGGACCAUUCUCGCUCCCGACUCUUACACUGGCAAGAUUAUGAGUCUCUGCUUGAAUCGCAGAGCGGUCCAGAAGAACAUGUUGUACAUAGACGACCAACGCGUCAUGAUGAAGUAUCUCUUCCCUUUGAAUGAAGUCGUUGUGGAUUUCUAUGACCUCCUCAAAUCGCUGUCCUCUGGCUAUGCAAGUUUUGACUACGAGAAUGCUGGCUACCAGGCUGCUGAUUUGAUAAAGAUGGAUAUUCUGCUGAAUGGGCGACCUGUGGAAGAACUCAUCACGAUUGUACACAGAGACCGGGCGUACAGUUCAGGGAAAGCCAUGUGUGAGCGACUGAAAGACUCCAUACCAAGGCAGAUGUUUGAGAUCGCUGUACAGGCAGCUAUUGGCAGUAAGGUCAUUGCGAGGGAAACAAUUAAGGCCUACAAAAAAAAUGUUCUUGCUAAAUGUUACGGAGGUGACAUAACACGUAAGAUGAAGCUACUGAAGAAACAGGCGGAGGGUAAAAAGAAGAUGCGGCUCAUCGGCAGUGUGGAAGUUCCCAAAGACGCCUUCAUUAAUGUUCUGAAGAGGAAACAAAAAUAGACUGCGAUACCAUUAGUGUAUUAUUAUAUAGGUUAUAUAUAUAUAUAUAGGUCUUUGUUAUUAAAAGGCACUACUAAUUUAUCUGAAUAAAAAGAUCAUUGUUGCUGCA